AUGGAAGACAAGCCGGUUACAGAGCAAUUGGAGAACUGGCAAGGCAUUGCCGGUUUGUACGUUCAAGAUGUUAAGAAAUGCGUGAAAGCUUUGAUGCACAUCGAUAAUAAUCUUUUAAACAAAUUAACGCCCAAAUGUGAAUUAAUAAAGAAGGUUGUCGAUAAUUUUUGGACGUCGAUGACUGACGUUGAUGUGAGUGACUCCGUAGAGGAGCUUGACAGCAAAUUCGAUCAACAGCGCAGAGAUGUUAAAAAUAAUAUUGCUGCAAAAAUUGGUGAAUUCCAUAGUAAGUUGAAUAUCAAACUUGAAGAUAUUCGUAAACAAAUUGAACACAUUAGGCAGACCAAAAACGCUCAGAUAAGUGCAAUUCACAGAGCCGUGUCAGAAGCUCUGCAGUUGGCUGAGACGUUAAUAGAUGGCAAAACGCAGAAUUAUGAAAACAAUUAUCAGAAUUAUAUAUCUCGAAAUUUUGACGAAAUAAAAACUGAGGUUGAGGAGUUCACUAAGAACGAUGGUGCAGGCAUAAAAUCGAGACUUUGGAGUGAAUUCGACACCCUUCAAGGCAAACUUCGAAGCCUUAAUACGGAUGUUCAACAUGGUUUAGAUGCGUUGAAAAAGGAAAUCGAAGAGCUUGACAUUGGUUCUCUCGUAAGCGAUGCGUUAUCAGAGCUCGAAGAGGCCAAAUCUGAACUUCAUGAAUGCUGUAUUCGGCCGAUUAAGGAGGCAGCGGAAAACUUCAGCCUUCAAUAUAAGAAUGGAUCUAAAGAGAAAAUCGAGACACUGUCUACGCAGUUGAGAUCUUUCAGAGAAGCUAUCUACGGUGAGGGAGGAACAACCGUGGAACCUAAAUCGGAUUCCAUCGCCAAGUUCAUUGCUGACUUAAUUAAGGCGAUAGGUAUUAGUGAUGAGGAUGACGAACUCAGCGCCCUUGAACAAGCACUCAUCGCAUUCGAAAAAGAGGCAGAGAGACAGAUCCAAGAAGUAGCGAAUAAAGCGGUGGACGAUGCCGGUAGACAAAUAAGUAAGAAUGAUACAGCGACGCCUGCUGACGUCGAGAAAAAAAUGAAGCUCUUCCACGAUUCCCAUCAGGCAUUGCAAAAUGUUGUCAAUGAUAUUAAUGUGCAACUUGAAGCUUUAAAAGCAAUAUCACAAUUCGUAGCAACACAGCAAUCAAAAUCGACGCAAAAGUUGAUCGAUUUGAAGAAGGAGAUAACGGGAAUAAAAGCGGCAAUCGCAAAUAUCAAUCAGCCUAUUAAAGUCGCGGGAGAGACAUUCAACUCCGCUGUCCAGCUGCUCACCAAAUCACUGACAAACGCUCAACGAACCGUGGACACUGAUCUGCCGGUGCUUACAAACGCCUUACAAGAACGGGCGAAGGAAGCAUUCGAUGACCUCGAAGGUGCUUUAAAGAAGACAUUUAAUGCGCAGAAGAAGGCUGAACUGAAGGUGACGCAACAUAUUGUCGCAACAUGUAUUCCUGAAAUCAAAAAGCUCAUCGCCACUGACUUCAGCACAGGCCUCAAAGGUCUCAUGAACAGGCUUCACAGUACCUUCAAUAGACAUAACCUCCAAAAUGUGUCCAAUGUAUCACUCGAAAUAUUCUCAAACAAAGCCAAAGAAUUCUUUACUAAAUUCUUUAACGACUUCAAAGACCAGCCCGACCUCUCCGACCUCUCCCCUGACCGUCUCACCCCCCUCACCGACGCCCUCUCCGCCCUCCUGUCCACAAUGCACACCCAACGCCACUUCCACGCCGACGUCUCCCUGCGCCUCGCCGAACUCCAAGCCGCGCUCGCCACCCUCACCCCCUCCGGUUUCGCCGAGGCCUCCCCGCUGCUCAACGUCGUCAGGGCCGGCGUCACCGCGUUCCACGGGGAGCUCGCGAAGCAGUACGUCAGCAGGUACUCGGGGGAGACGUUUGGCGCUGAGCUCGUCGAAAAAGAUAAAUUAACGCCGUACGGAACCAAGUUAAGUAAGCUUUUCCUGAGCGUAGUUUCGACCUUAAGGUCUUCGUUGGCUUCUCUGAGACGAGGUUCCAGAAAUCUUAGCGGACAACAAGCAACCGCUUUUAGUGACCUCGCAAGACUCGUCGCCGAUCAAGGCUACGAUGUUUGCGACUCCACAACUGAACAAAAUGGAGAAGUAAAAAGACACUUGACUGGUAAAGGAAUACAAAUGUACCUUGUAGGCAACGACUAUAAUCAUGUGUACCAUACAGACAACAACGUUAGACGACCACUCGAAAAUAUGUACAUUUACCUUAACGAUUACUACAAAAUCGGUCACAUAGCUACUUCAUCGUCAAAGAGACGCCCGUGUUCCAUAUACGAGAUGCUCUGUUGGCUGUCUGGUCUGCCUUGCAAUGACGUCUAUGAGGAUCUAUGGCGUGACGCUGUCAGCGAGCUAUUCGUCGAUCCUAAGAACCAGCCAACUGAGAACGGUGACAUUCCCGUGACCGUUGUCAGCGAGCAACCACCCCGUCGACCACCACUAAAAAUUGAGUGUAACGAAGCACAGAUAGCAGUGAAGCGCCUGUGUUCCAGAGCAUAUGACGUGCUGACUGAGAUCAUCGGCUACGGCGACGCAUACACAAUUUAUGCCGUUGACCUCUGCAAUAACUCGCUUAAUCUACAUUAUCCAACUGAUGCUGCCAGUUGCCUGGAACUAUUGCUGGACAUCCUACGCAGAUUGUUACCAGUCUUCAGAUUUUUGCAUAGCCAGUGUAAGCUUGGAACUAAGCAUUUCGGUUGGUCAAAUUGUCUGUACGGCAAGGAUAUCUUGAACGGUAAAUCGCAUUGUGAUAAGCAUCCAGAUGACAAGCAAACCGACUGCCUGCCCAGAUCACCGCUUCAAGCGUACCUAAGUGACACGUUAACCGGCCAUCUACCUCACCACGUUACUUCAAUCGGAUGCAAAUCCGUAUGCAGCAAUUGCCCCAAGGGCCUCCCCGGACAGCCGUGUCUGACGCCCCUUGGCUUUAGGGGUUUCUCUGGGAGUACGAAGCCAGGUAAACACCUAUCCAAAGUGCUAACCAAUUUCUUCGACAAACUAGAUGUCACACCGAUAUUCGGUCUAAUGACCAAACCACCAUCCACUUUGCCAGAACACUUCCAGUUCGCGUUGUCGUUGUCCAAUAUGCUAAAGAAUGACGGCUCUCGUACAAAUGACGUCAAAACAGCCUUCGACACAUCAGCCAGGGAAGAGUCCAUCGAUCUAU